GUGAUCUUUAUUUAUGUGGGGAUGUAUGUAGCGCUUUAUUGGUAUACUAUUAAUAAGUAUUGCAUCUAUUUACGGUGGUGGUGGUUGCGUACGUGCGAUCGCUGUGCUGACCAGUAUAUUAACAUUGAAGGAGUACAAAGCUGCAUCAUAUUUAGUUCGUCCCAAUACUAUACAUACCUACAUUACACAUACAUUCAUUAGUACACGGGACUUCACGCAUACACGUAUAUACUUUUAAGUAUACAAGUGUACAUACUUAUUCACAAUGGAUGACGAUUUGUAUGACGAGUUCGGAAACUACAUAGGCCCUGAUCUCUCGGAUUCAGAUUCCGAUGCAUCUGACAACGAAGGCAAAACAGCCGCAGAGGCACUAUGGGAUGAGCAGGAGAGCGAAGAAACCACACAACCAGGGUCUGAAUUGAUGGAUUUAGGUACACAUGUAGAAGAAAUAACCACGGAUGCAGUUGUAUUACAUGAAGAUAAGAAGUAUUAUCCUACAGCCAAUGAGGUGUAUGGUGAGGAUGUGGAGACACUCAUACAGGAAGAGGAUACCCAGCCGCUCACAGUGCCGAUUGUAGACCCGGUGAAGGUUAGUAAAUGGGGCAGGAGUGAGAAAGACCUACCCAGGACAACAUAUAGUAAGGAGUAUCUGGCGGAUAUUACGGACAAUAGGGAUUUGAUUAGGAACGUAGCGCUGGUGGGGCAUUUGCAUCACGGCAAGACAACACUUAUGGACUGCUUUGUGGAACAAACGCACGAUGUAGUGCCGGAGAGGGGAAAUGUGCAUCUCAAAUACACGGACUUCCUGCACAUCGAGAACGAUAGAGGUAUUAGUAUCAAGUCUAGUCCUAUGACACUGCUAAUGGAGAAUACCAAGGGUAAAUCUUAUGUGAUAAAUGUGAUCGACACUCCGGGGCAUGUCAACUUCCACGAUGAAGCUGUAGCUGCGCUCAGAGUGUGUGAUGGCGCUGUGGUGGUGGUAGAUGCCGUGGAAGGGGUCAUGCUAAGCACACAGAGACUGCUUAAACAUAUAGUGAGUAUGGGAUUGAGUCUUACUUUGUGUAUCAAUAAGGUGGACCGGCUAUUUUUAGAACUCAAACUACCCCCGGCCGAUGCAUACCACAAACUCAGACAUACCAUCGACAGUGUGAACCUUAUACUACAAGAGUGUGUGUCACCGCCCAACACGAGCAAUGAGUACUAUGUGUCACCGUUGCUAGGCAACGUAGUGUUCGCAUCAUCGGCCAGUAACUGGUCCUUCACGCUCGAGUCCUUUGCCAAGCUUUACAUCGAGUCGUACGGGUUUGGGGAUCAAAUGGAUCACAAAGACUUUGCCAUGCGGCUGUGGGGCGAUGUAUUCUUCAACCAAAAGACACGCAAAUUCACCAAGAAGGCGUCGGAUAGCUCAGCCAAGCGCUCGUUUGUCGAGUUUGUACUCGAGCCCAUAUACAAGAUAUACUCGCAGGUAGUGGGUGAUGUAGAUAGCACCUUAGUGGCCACCUUGAAGGAUGUGGGGAUAUAUCUUAAGAAGGACGAGCGUGUGCUCAAUGUGCGACCUCUGCUGAAGUUGGUGUGCGAGAGGUUCUUUGGACCGCAUAGUGGGUUUGUGGAUAUGUGUGUGCAGCAUAUUCAGUCACCGGCGCAGCACGCCAAGGAGCUGGU